UUAAUAAUAUUAAUUUUUCUUUCCAGAUAAAAUGGACACGGAUCCAGCAUUGGCUAAUUUCAAAGUAUUAUAUGUUUUAACCCAAUUAUGCGGUUUAACAAUGAUCGUUUUAAUGGGCAGUUGGAUCGGUGUACAUAUGGGCGGCUUGGGUGGUACCAAUAAUCCAAGUUUAGAAUUCAAUUGGCAUCCACUACUCAUGACAAUCGGUUUAAUAUUCUUAUAUGGCAAUGCCAUUUUGGUAUAUCGUGGCUUCCGUUCAACGCGCAAGAAGGCAUUGAAAAUAACACAUGCCGCCAUACACAUGGGUGCAUUCAUACUAACGGUUAUUGCCCUCAAAACCGUAUUCGAUUCACAUAAUUUAGCCAAAACUCCCAUACCGAACAUGUAUUCGUUGCACUCAUGGUUGGGUCUAUCGGCCGUCAUACUUUUCUGUUUGCAAUAUGUUGUUGGCUUUGCGGCAUAUUUAGUACCAGGUGCUAAGGAAUCAUUGAAAGCUGCUAUCAUGCCAUUGCACAUAUAUUUCGGUCUAUUUGGUUUUGUAUUGGCAAUCGCUUCGGCUUUGAUGGGCAUAACUGAAAAGGCGAUAUUUUCAGUUGCCAACUAUUCAAAUUUACCCAGUUCUGGUGUUAUGGUUAAUUUGUGUGGUGUUUUGUAUAUCGUGUUUGGUGGUUUGGUCGUUUAUCUGGCUACAAAUCCCGCUUACAAAAGGAAACCUAUACCCGAAGAUACCGCUUUGUUAACAAAUGGUGCUGAAUAAAUUGUUUUUAUGUUUAAACAAAUAUAUUUUAAUUUAAGUUUAAUUAUUUUAUUUUUUUUUUUGUUUUAGUUUUAUAACUAAUAUUUUUAUCACAAAGAAAAGCUCAAAUUUUUUUACUAUAUAAAUUUAUAUUUUUUUUUAUAUAAAAAAGUUUAGUCCUUAUUGUUUAUUUCUAAUAAUUUGUACUUCAAACGAUUUGCACAAAUAUCUUAUUGGUGCUUAAAAACGAAAUUUGUGCUAAAAUCUUUUAUUUAAAUUCUAAUUAUUACCAAAUAUUAAUGAAAAUAUUUUUAUAUUUUAUUUAUGAGACAUUUGUUUAGAAAACGAAAAUACAAAAAAAAGGAAAAUUAAUCAAACUAUAAACAAUAAAUAAUCGUACAUAUGUAUAUCCCCCCCCACUGAUGUUUCAAGAAGUCACAAUUUAAUAUAAUGAUGUAUUAAAUACUAAUUAAAUAUAUAUUUACUAUACAAUAUUUUAUGUAUAAAUAAACAAAAACAACAAUAUUGAUGUAAAUUAUUAUAAACUAAAUAAAAUUUAAAUAAAAAUACACAUAUACAAAGUAUAAUACAUACAUAUCGCUCAUUUACUACUAGAUCGGCAUAAUCCCAAAAAAAUCGUUUACAAUCGUUAAACCAAAUUCUGAUAGUAAAGUUUAAUAUGUUUCUCAUCAGUUUUUACGUUUAUAACAAAAAGCUGAUCUCACAUCGAAAAUAAGAGACAUAUUUUAAAUCUGAUAAAUCUAUGUAUAUGAAAGACUAUUGUUAAACGCACGUUUUGUAGCCUUUAGUUUAAAAAAUCCGAAUUUUGAAUUAUGCCAGUCUUAUAGUAAAUGAGCGAUAUAAACAUUGCAAGAUAAAAUAAAUU